CUUUUUAUACUCACUCAUAUCCUUUUUUUUUUCCCUGACUCACGUACUUAGUUGUGCUUUAAGAGUCUUUUGUUUCUAGAUCUCGCAUCUUAAUCUCUUAACAAAGGUCACUCAUGGUGAUUUGUGAGAUCUAGGAAUCCGCCUUAGCCCGUCCAGCCUGGCGUGGAGAGUUCUAGAUUUUGGUAAGUAGAAACAUGAACACGAUAAUUGAUAGUCUCCUUUGGGGUUAGAAAUGCGACAUUUCCAUGGAUGAUAACCCUAACCCCUCACUCCCUCGCGUCUCUUCCUCUUCCUCCCAGGAGUUUCUCAAACAAGUCCAAGCUGCCCUCAAGCGCCAUGGCCCUCUCGGUGCGACGCAAUCCCAUAACGUGAGGCCGAAGCGCGCCACGGUGGCUCUGCGAAAUGCCGCGAACAAGUUUGAGGAGGAAACGCCGUCAAUUUCGGACACCGGCGAAGGCUGUAAAAACGAGUCCUCUUUGCAGGUGGAAUCUCUGAGUGUUGGUGCACACAAGAAGGUGCAGUUUUUAACUGAGAUCAACAAUGCCACUGCACAGCCGCAGGAUGAAGCAUCGAUUGGAUUCAAUCAUCAUGUGAAGCACCAAAAUACACAGCAGGCAGAAUCCGAAACUAGUUUGGUAUAUGAGGGAGGCAAGAGUUCUCCGCUGCCAAAGAGAACAAUAGUUACUCAAGAUCAUCUGCAGCAAUUCAAAAACUUUUUGAGGCAACCAGCUACACAAUCUUCCGUAGUGGGAUUGCCAUGUCCUACAACGACAUCAGUCCAUUCAACUUCAGCUCCAAUGCUGAAUUCUAUAACUCAUUGUUCUAAUUCCUGUAUAGAUAGUGGUUCACAUGUGGCUGCAGAACCUUAUGGGAACCUGAAUGUUAAUCCUCAUCCUAUAACUCAAGGGGAUGUUAAAUCACCGAAUAAUUCCCUGAAAGACACCAAUAGAAUAUCAAUUGAUCAGGUGGCAAGUGCAGUCCAAGAUUGUAAUUCACUAAUUGAUGCAGAGUUGACGCUUAAGCAAAGUGACCCAUCUAAGGAGCAGCAAGGAUGUAUGUUAAAGGAUACAAGUAUUUCAAAAUGUACCUCUUGUCGUGAUGACAUGUUAAGUAAAGGGGAAGUGUCUGCAGCUGUUACCAACAUACAGCCUCAGGUUCCUACUUCAUCUUCAGAAGUGAAAUUGGAGUCUUCUAAGUUGGAAAAGCAAGAGAAAAAUACAAGUUCUAAAGCAUCAUCAGGCCUUCGAAAGAGGGCCUAUGACCCUGAAUUGUUUUUCAAAGUCAAUGGCAAGCUUUAUCAAAGGCUUGGCAAGAUAGGUAGUGGUGGAAGCAGUGAGGUACACAAGGUGAUUUCAUCAGACUGUACAAUCUAUGCACUUAAAAGGAUAAAAUUAAAGGGUCGUGAUUAUGCCACUGCAUAUGGCUUUUGUCAAGAGAUCAAGUAUCUAAAUAGGCUGAAAGGAAAGAAUAAUAUUAUCCAGCUUAUAGAUUAUGAGGUGACUGACAAGGCUUUGUUUGAGGGAGUCAUAAAUGGCUCCUUCAGUAAUAAGGAUGGUAGAGUCAAGGAUGAUGGAUAUAUAUACAUGGUACUUGAAUACGGGGAAAUUGAUUUGGCUCAUAUGUUGUCUCAAAAGUGGAAGGAACUGGAUGGAAGCAACCAGACCAUAGAUGAGAACUGGCUUCGGUUUUAUUGGCAGCAAAUUCUUCAAGCUGUCAACACAAUUCAUGAAGAACGUAUUGUGCAUUCUGACUUGAAGCCAGCUAACUUCCUCCUUGUCAAAGGUUCCUUAAAACUGAUUGAUUUUGGAAUAGCCAAAGCAAUAAUGAGUGAUACAACAAACAUCCAACGUGAUUCACAGGUUGGUACUCUAAGUUACAUGUCACCAGAAGCAUUUAUGUGCAAUGAGAGUGAUGCAAGUGGAAACAUCAUAAAAUGUGGUCGGCCAUCAGAUAUCUGGUCCCUUGGCUGCAUUCUUUAUCAAAUGGUAUAUGGGAGAACACCAUUUGCAGAUUACAAGACAUUUUGGGCAAAAUUCAAAGUUAUAACUGAUCCAAAUCAUGAAAUUAUGUACGCACCAGUUUCAAAUCCAUGGCUUCUGGAUCUUAUGAGAAGGUGUCUAGCAUGGGAUCGCAAUGAAAGGUGGAGAAUUCCUCAGCUGCUACAGCAUCCUUUUCUAGUUCCCCCAGUCCCAUGUCAUUCAUCUUUUUACCAAGAACAAACCUUUAAAUUGCUGCAACUUAUAUCUGAAGCUUGCAUAAAUGACCCAGAAUCAUCACAGCUCUGUUGUCAGCUCCAACAGGUGCUUGGUAAUCCCAUCAAGUCAACUAGUAUUCAUUCAUUAAAUUCACUAGACCAACAGCAUAAAUUGCUGUCCCGAAUAUCAGAACUUUGUAUUCUACUACAGGAACGAUUGACAAAGACAGAUAAACUAUAGGUGCUUGUUUUGUUUAAGCUUAUAUUGAGGAAUUUAUAAAUUAUUUUGUCAAAAGAUGUCUUAAGAGGUGAAGUAAGCCAGUGGUUUCUUAUUGUUCAUUCCAAUUUCCAGUGGUUUUUAUCCAAUCAUUUUUCUCUCCAAUGUACUAGUAACUAGAAAGGAAGGUAUAACCUUGUUGUCAUGACA